CCACUCAUUUGGAUGACUCCAUGCAUCUGGAUCUGUUUGUAAACAAACCCCGCCGUGAUCGUAUCGGGGAUCCCGUAAACAAGUUACAGGAGACAAUCCCAACAAAGAACGAUCCUUCCCCUCGGGAGAAAAAGUUCCUCUUUGAGACGAAAAAAAAAUAAAUAAAAAGAUAAAAGAAGUUUUGAGCCGUUUUGGACUGAUGACUAAACUCCACAUUGGUGGUCUUACUCUUUCCUUAGCAGGCCGGGUAACAUCUUAUCAUAUUAACUGUGAGAGGCUCCACUGAAACGGACUGGGCGGAAAGAUACAUCAUGCUCAGAGUAAAGAAAGGCUGCUAUCAAACACGAUACAAAACAGUGUAGUACAGCACAGCUGGAAUUCGCCACCACAGGGUGAUUUAUUAUCAAUUAGACAGAAAUAUGUUCCCCCUGAAAAAGUUCCAUCGAAACGAAACAAACUGAAUAUCUCCCCAAAGCAAAACAAGGAAAAAGGGGCUUACUGCGGUCACGCUUGAUAUGAUCCCAUCCUUAUAGAAAAAGGACAUGAAUGCAAACACAGCACAGACAAUGUUGAAACCAAAAGUCUACUUGGCAGGAGAUUUGGUGUUUCGGCCCAAUGCCUAUGCCAUUUUUGAAGAACUGAAAGCGAUCUGUCGCGAAGUCGGCGUUGUCGGGAUGGCCCCAUUUGAUGGCCAAGAAGGUGUGGAAGAGAUGCAACCAGGGAUUGCGACAAGCUUAAUGAUUGCUACUCUGGACAAAAAGUUGAUGGACGUCUGUGAUGCCGGCAUUUUUUGCUUAGAUCCUUUUCGCAGAGCACCAGAUAUGGACCCAGGGACCGCUGUUGAGCUGGGUUACAUGUGCGCACAAGGAAAGCCGCUUGCUGGGUUCACCGUAGAUAGAAGAACGUAUCCACAAAAAGUACAGACCUAUCGUAGAGACGCUUGGGCUGAUACAUUGACUCCCCGAACCAUCAAAGGAGGAAGUGGUUCUAUGGAAGAUGCCGAUGGGCUGAUCGUUCAUUCAGAAGGCAUGGUGCAAAAUGUCAUGGUAGAGGGAUUUAUUCAAAUGUCAGGAGGUAUCGUUGGCAUCGAUGCUUCCUUGCAUAAGGCCUUCCGAAUUGCCAUCACUGCCUUGGCCCUAGAACUUGCAAAGCGGUCCAUGCAAACAUGAUCCUACCACAACGAGCAAUCUUGAUGAAAUGACAAGUUUUCACGAAAUUGUUCUCCAGAAAUAUCAUUCAACAAAUGAAGACGGAAGGGAAGGGUCCAUGCGCGCAAUGACCUUACUCUCAUGUCACAUUCUUUCAUCUAAAAGAAUGCUUUUUUCUCUCAAAGUUUUGACUUUUUAGUAAAUAUGUAUGAUUUCUACUACCUUUGUUGUCCAAGGUACAGAUUCUUCCCUUGGACAAGUUUCUCUAGCUCCUCCAUUUAUUUUUUAAACCAACUUUCAUUAACUGGAAAAGAAAACUACUUCUAUUAUCUCUUUCCACUAUGAGGCUUUCAAGGAUCGUCGCUUUCCUGAAUCCUCAUGACUACUGACCUUUUACGACCAUAACAAUAUGAAAACUUGGAUUCUUGAAAUUCUUUUUCUUAGUUACUUUAUUUUUUUUAUUUUUUUAUUUUUUUCCUUCUUUGUAGCUAAUUGUUUUCAACUGCAUAUACCCACCUCCCUCUCCGU